AUGUCCGUCGAGGUGAAACAUCUGAAUGCCGACUCAUCUUUCCUACUCAUCUUUUCUCCCGAGGGCCGUGCUCCUCGAGCAGACCUCACCUCUGCAAAUGGGGCCUUUUCAGUCCUGAUAGAUCCAUGGCUUGUCGGCCCCUCCAUCAUAGCCGCGCCCUGGUUUGCAAAGACAGAGCACAGAAUACCAAGUGCUAUCCAACACCUCUCCGAGAUAGGGGAACCCGACGUCGUGAUUGUGUCACAGAAUAAACCUGACCAUUGCCACAAGCAGACACUCCUCCAGCUUCGUCCUGAUGGGAAAACUGUCAUUGUCGCUGAGCCGAGUGCUGCAAAGACAAUCAAGAGCUGGAAUUACUUUGAUCCGAGCAGAGUCCGUGGUGUCCCCAAAUAUGAUCCCAAGUUCAAAUUUGGUCAGUCCUUGCGACUGCACGUGCCUCCAAUCUCGCCUCUCGGCUUCCCAGGUGAACUCAAUAUCACGUUCAUUCCAGCGAAAGACUAUAUGACAGGGUUGCAUAACGCGUUUGGAAUCACAUAUCAGCCCCCAACGCACAACAAAGCAUUUGCUCCCGUCGCCACGAUUGAUCUGCCUCCAACCACAAGAUACUUCCACAUGCCUUUGACUCCAGUGACGAUGCCGUCUUCGAGUCCUCCUCCACCCAUGUCGUCCCCUGCUGUGCGACCUGUCUCAUUUGACCAACCGGUUAGAGAUCGAACUAUUGUACUGAGUCCGCGGCUGUCGCAGAUCAGAGGACACCGGCCACGGUUGCCCAAGGCUUCGAACACGGCUUCGUUCAGACUACCGGCAUCACCCAUUAAACCUUUUAUCGAAGUCGACCCAAGACCAGAUACCGGAGAAAUCGUGGAGCGGAUUCUGACGCUUCCACGUCCGUCACCACGCCUGAGGUUUUCCGUCCCUUUCAAACUGGAUCCUCCCCCUUCCACAUUUGCACAGGCUUUGCCUACUCCGCCAGAUUCUCCAGGCACCAUAACAGUUGCUACACGCGAGUCCACGUCCCCUCCUCCGACGGCAUUAUUCCCCUCCAGUACUGUGUUUCAUGGACGCAAACCAUCCAGUCGUUCCCAUCAAGAUUCUGUAUCUAGUCCGGUCCCAGCGCUGAACAUGUCUCCCGUCACCCCGGGUCGUCCUAAGGCCAUAUCGAUCAUCUACUCGCCGCAUGGUCUUCCUCUGGAUGACCUUCGGCCAUACAUCGAGAAUCACCUCGUUCGACUACCAGGCGCGCUCCCAUUGACCGUGCUUUUCCACUCCUUUGAUCAUGCCCAGAACCCGUGGUAUCUUGGUGGCAACAUCAUGACAGGUGUGCACGGCGGGGCUGAGAUUGCUCGCACCCUGAUGGCGCGUUGCUGGAUCAGCGCGCACGAUGAGCCGAAAGACGACAGCGGUCUCAGCGUGAAGAAAUUGCGUGUCAAGCGCGUCACAGUGGAUGAGGUCGCAGAGAGUUUAUGGGAAGGUGAGCAUGGCCAGUGGUUGAAGGAAAAAGGAUGGACGUGUGAUGUCAGGAGCCUUGAGGUUGGUAAAAAGAUGGUCAUUGCCCCAGAAAAGGAGACGUCUUUCCCUCCAGUCUAG